CAGCAAACGACGCUACACGACAGCCCCGCCGUCUUUUCCCAGUUCAACAUUACUGACUGAGUGAACAAGGGCCCCGUCACAAUGUCGGUGGCCUCGAAAAACCCCUUUGCCCUCCUCGAUGCCGAGGACAACUCACGGCCAGCUAGUCCUGCACCAGCACCCAAGCCUGCUGCUGCGCCUCAGGCUCCCGCCGCCGCCAACCGAAAUCAGCAGAAGACUCGAGGUGGUCCGGCUUCGCGCGGUGGAAAAUACUACGCUCGUGGUGGAAAGCCCUCCACCGGUCCCAAGGACGCUUCUGGUGCCGUUGGCGCUGAAGAGCCUGUCGUAGAGGGCAGAAAGUUCGAGGGUGGUCGCGGUGGUCGAGGCGGUCGCGGUCGCGGCCGUGGUGGAAACACCGGAGGUCGUGGUCGUCAAUUUGACAGACAUUCGGCAACCGGCAAGACCGACUCCCAGAAGAAGAUUCACCAGGGCUGGGGCGGUGACGAAGGGAACACCGAACUCACGACCGAGCAACAGGCUGCUGCUGAUGCUGCUGCCGAGCCAAUAAGCGAGGACGCCACUCCCCCUGCUGACGGCGAAGCUGCCGAUGGCGAAGCCAAGCCUGAGGGCAAGGCUCGCAGAGAGCGAGAAGAGGAGGACGAUAAUACUCUCACUCUGGACCAAUACCUUGCUAAGAAGAAGGAGGAAGAGCUCGCUAUUCCCAAGAUCGAGGCUGUUCGUCAAGCGAACGAGGGUGCAGGGGACGAUAUCUGGAAGGAUGCGGUUCCUCUGUCGAAGAACGAAGACGAGGAGGCCUACUUCGUUGGAAAGCAAAAAUCCGCUCCCAAGGCCAAGGCUAAGAAGGAAGACAAGGUUUAUCUUGAAAUCGAUGCCCGCUUCGAGCGCCCCGAUCGUGGUGGCCGCGGCCGCGGCCGUGGUGGUGACCGUGGCGAUAGGCGCGGCGCCCGUGGUGGAAACCGUGGCGGUCGUGGACAACGCCAGAACGGUGCCUCUCAGACUCCCAAUGUCGAUGAUCAAAACGCCUUCCCUUCGCUGUCCUAGAAGGCUCUGGCACUUUGAAAAGACCGCCGUUUGCUCAUGUAGUACAUCGUAUCGUUACGGUUGUCGAUUGUCCUCCACCAUUCUCCAGCGUAUAGGCAGUAAAGAAAUGAAGCAGUAUCACUUCUCCCCCCACGACCCGCUUUCUUGUAACCUGUCUCGUGCUUCCUUUAUGAACAUUAGGGUUAUACCUUUUAUGAUAUUGGAUUUUCUACCAG